AUGUCCUCAUUUACCGAGAGGGCCGCGUCGCGACUCCUUAAAUCAGAAAAAAAGGAUUUUAUCCUUCACAACACUCGUCAUUUGUCUCGUGUGUAUCCAUCCGGAUUCCGAAUAAAUUCUUCAAAUUUCGAGCCUCAUCAUCAAUGGGCCGUCGGAAACCAGCUAGUAGCUUUGAAUUGGCAGACCUUUGAUCUUGGCAUGCAAAUCAACCAGGCCAUGUUUGCUGUGAACGGCAGAUGCGGUUACGUACUUAAGCCGGAGAGUUUGCGUAAUCCUGAAAUGAUCGCUCGAUCUGCGACGCUACGGCGAUCUCCGCGAAAUUUGACCAUCGAAAUCAUUUCCGCCCAACAGCUUCCCAGACCAAAAGACGCAGUCAAGGGUGAAGUCAUUGAUCCAUUCGUUGAAGUGGAACUAUUGGUCCCAGGAGUUGACGCCGUAAAAAAAAGAACGAGUACAAUCACCGACAACGGGUUUAAUCCAACGUGGAAGGAGACUCUGAGAUUUUCGAUUGACUUUGAAGAGACAAGCUUGGUUUUUUUACGAUUCAUCGUGUGGGAUGAAGAUGCUAGAGGUACAGACUUUAUCGCCUCAUAUUGUAUCUCCGUGGCUAGUUUACAACUUGGUUAUCGCCAUGUUCCACUCAACGAUUUUAAUGGUGAACAAUACCUCUUUACAACUUUGUAUAUCCGAUCUUCAAUUGAUGAUGAGAAUGGAGCAAAAAUUAAUCCACCACACUCGCACAUCUUUAAAUAA